AUGGCAGAUCAAUUGAACAAGAAGAGUGACCACCAACUGCGCAUGCCUGAACCCUGGACGUCCAAAACGACAUCAUCAAAUGGUCUUUCGUUGCCUCCUCUGGGUCCACCUCCACCUCCACCUCCACCUCCACCUUCAUUUCAGAUUUGGAAGAAAAUCUACGGAGGGGAAGGCGGUAGUGGAUCGAAAUCUCCUGUUUCACAGUCACCGUUAGAUGGGCUAUCAAUCUUUAAGACCGAAGAUCAAGAGGCGUUCGAAAAGAAUAUGACGGAGAUGGAAGCCCGUUAUAUGGCAAUGCAAGGCGACGCGAUACAGGGUAUUGAAAUCCGUAAGGGACGUGAACCCAACCUUAACGUGGAUCCGGAAAGGAUUAAACGGGUUUUUGCGAACCGAAUUUCUGCUCAGAAAUCAAGGAUGAGAAAGUUACAAUAUAUGACUUAUAUGGAAAAUAGGGUCAAGGAUUUGCAGACUAUGAUAACAAAAUUAUCUCCUCAAAUUAUGUCGCUAACUAAGCAAAAGGAGAAACUCCAGCUGGAGAAACAGUUCAUGAGUCAGCAGCUGAAUGCACAAAAUGAGACUAAGAAACUCAAAGAAGCUGAGAUUGCACUCAACAGAGCAGAAGUGAAGAGGCUGAGGGAACUUCAUUUUAAUCAACAACAGACGCAAGCACUGCAAUUAGCAAGUCUGAACAUGAUUCAAUCAGUUGGGCAGCAACAUUUUGGUUAUCUUAACUCAAACCAAGGAAACCAACUUGCUCCACAGCAAAUGCCAAAUCCAUAUGUCCAGCAGCAGGGGAAUAAUAACAUGGAAGAGAUGAUGAAUGGGGAUUCAUUCAGCUCAAUUGGUAGCAGGAACUUCAUCUGA